GCUCGGUUCCCUUCGGGCGCGGCUGGUGAAGGCUGGACCUGGCUGGGGCAGGGAGGGAGGGGAGGGGAGCCUCAGAGCUUCAGGCUUCCGCCUGGCCUCAGGUUCUUGGGAGCUCCGCGGGUCCCGGCCCAGAUAUCCAGAAAUUAUUCCAAAGGAUGCAGGGCAGGAGGAUGACUUAAUUGGCCUGUGGCUGACCUGAGCCCAUGCUGAGCUCCCCCUGAACUAACCAGAGAUUUGUCAGUGACCCACCGCCACAUCCACUAAGGGGCACAUAAGACAGACGAAGCUGGAGUCCAGGAGACUCUUAAGAUGAAGGCCAGGCCUGGCCCUGCUGACAAACAGGAAGUGCACAGGCAUCCAGGAGACACACCUGGCGUUCAGAUGAGGAAGACUGAGACCUGCUGGAAGUACAAAGCACAGCCCCUGCACCCUCUGCCCCCAAGAGCUCCAUGCAGGUGCCAGAGGAUGGAGAGGACCUGGCUGGUCAAUCCUGGUACCAUGGCCCCCUGUCCCGCCAGAAGGCUGAGGCUCUUCUCCAGCAAGAUGGUGACUUCUUAGUUCGGGCAUCCGGUUCCCGAGGGGGCCACCCUGUGAUCUCCUGCCGCUGGCGGGGCUCAGCCCUACACUUUGAGGUGCUCCGAGUGACCCUGCGUCCCCGGCCAGGCCGGCCCACAGCCCUCUUUCAGCUGGAGGAUGAGCGUUUCCCAAGCCUGCCUGCCCUGGUGUGCAGCUAUGUGACUGGCCAGCGUCCACUGUCCCAGGCCACGGGGGCUGUGGCCUCUAGGCCCGUGAUGCGACAAGGACCAAUUCGACGCAGCUUUAGUGAGGACAGCCUUUCAGAAAGCCUGGCCCAGACAGAGCCACUCAGGGCUAGGAAGCGGAGUGACAGUCAGCCUGUGGGUUUGGAGCAUGUGGGGCACCCAACAGAAGACCACCCUGGACCAGGAGCCUCCACUGUGCCCGCAUCUGCAUUGCCUCGGACAGGAAGUGACCCUGUGUUGCUAAAGACCCCAGCUCUCCUGGGGUCCAUUGCUGACAACCUGAGGGCCUCCGAUGGGCAGCUUCAUGCCAAGGCACCAACCAAGCCACCUCGAACACCUUCACUGAUGCUGCCUGAUGCCUCUGGACGCUCCCCAACGUACUGUGAGCUGGUGCCCCGAGUGCCUAGGGUCCAUGGAACACCCCCUGGCCACAGCUGCCCAGAGCCAGAGGCACCAUGGUGGGAGGCCAAUGAAGAGGAAGAGGAGGAGGAGCAAAGAUGUUUUGCAAGACCACAGGGUGAGGUCUCUUUCUGUCCCCCUGACAACCCCUCCUGCCUGCUGGGCCCCCAGAAUCGGCCUCUGGAACCUAAAGCCCUGCGCAUUCUCCGUGGCCUGUUCCUGGAGCACCAUCCUGGGAGCACUGCCCUCCACCUGCUAUUGGUGGACUGCCAGGAGACAGGCCUCCUGGGGGUGACCAAGGCUCAGCGGGGCGCCAUGGGGGUUGCCUCUGGUCUGGAGCUGCUCACUCUUCCCCAUGGACAUCGCCUGAGGUUGGAACUGCUGGAAAGGCUCGAGACGCUGGCGUUGGCGGGGGCGCUGGCAGUGCUGGGCUGCGCGGGACCGCUGGAGGAGCGCGCCGCCGCCCUGAAGGGCCUGGUGGAGCUGGCUCUGGCGCUGCGGCCAGGGGCGGCGGGGGACCUGCCUGGACUGGCUGCGGUCAUGGGCGCCUUGCUCAUGCCCCAGGUGUCGCGGUUGGAACGCACGUGGCGCCAGCUCCGGAGGAGCCACACGGAGGCUGCGCUGGCCUUCGAGCAGGAGCUGAAGCCUCUAAUGCGGACGCUGGAUGAGGGCACCGGGUGUUUCGGCCCAAUGUAUGGCGCACCCUCUUCACCCUAGGACCCACCCUCUGCCCCUAGCCCAGCCCAGACCCUUACCCCAACAGGACCUUGCGACCCGGGCGAGGUGGCGCUGCCGCACGUGGCACCCGUGGUGCGCCUGCUGGAGGGCGAGGAAGUCCCGGGGCCCUUGGACGAGAGCUGCGAGCGGCUGCUGCGCACCCUGGACCGGGCGCGUCAGACGGCCCGGGACGCGCCCAGAUUCCGCGAGGCGACAGCCCGGCGCCUGCGAGGUGAGCGCCCCAUCUGCGCCCGGCUGCCAGAGGAUCCUGACUUUAAGAACACGCCGUAUGCUGUAGCCCGGCACCCCCAAACCCACCGGCCCAGGGACUAGAGCCUCCCGCUACACCUCCCAAACUGAGGGCCCCACCCAAAUUGAGACGGCCCCGCCCUGGGUGGGUGUUUCUCGACUCAAGCAUGCUGCAAUAGACCAGAUGGUGCCGUCCGCCCCUAAAGGGCGGCCCUAUCCCCCCAGAGCCACGCCCGCAGAGUCCCACUCUCUCACACUUGGGAAGGUCCUGCCCCCAGAGGAUCUCGAUCCCCCCAAAAUGAUUCAGUCCUUCAACCUGAUGGUACUGCUCUCCCUCUGAGCUCAGAGCCACACCUCUCUGGGGCAGCCCAGCUUCCAGAAUCUCCCACCUGGGUAGUUCCUGCCUUCACUUAGCACUCUUCUCCCUCCAACUAGGCCCAACUCCACCCCCACCCCCUGGGCGUUUGUCGCGUAGGGUAGCCUGGACCCCAAGUCCCGCCCCCCGGGGCAGCUCCAUCUCCAGGCACAAGCCCUAAGGUGGGGCCACCAGGUCUUGCACCUGGAGCAGACUGCUCCCAUGCACUCCUGGCAGAGCCCGCUUCCACUGGGCCCGUUAGCCACCCCCACCCCACUCCCUGCAGAGACCCAGGAGCCCCCUCCCCGCUAACCUUGCCCAGCAGUUCAGAUAACCUGGGACAGAAUCCCUCCUGGCCCCUGCUGGGUCAAAGUCCCAAGGGGACCAGGCAGUUAUCAGAGGGUAAGGCAGGUGCCUGGCCACGCCUCCAGCUAACCUGGCUCCGCCCCCAGGAUUCCAGCCCAACCCUGAGCUGAAAGAGGCCCUGACCACCGGUUUCUUGCGGAGGCUGCUCUGGGGAAGCAGAGGGGCUGGGGCACCGUGGGUCACACGUUUCGACAAGUUCCAGCACGUCCUCAGUGUCCUGUCGCAGCGCCUGGAGCCUGACCUUUGAAAGCACAGAUCCACUUCUUCACGCGGCGAUACCCAGUCUUCCAGGGAUCCCCAGUGUCCUCAGGCAGCCAAAUGCAGUGGGACCUGCACCCAGCCUCACAGAAGGGACGGGUCCUGGUUUGCAAGAACGCACCCUGCACCCUAAAACUGAGCACGAAUCCUAAGGGAGGGCAGCCUACUUCCCCAUAUGAGAAGACCCGACAUCUGGAGGUUCUGAACGCCCUUUCUCACCACCCCAUGCCCACACCCCCCUCAACAUAUCCCACAAGUGGUGAAUGUGAGGCUUUGAAUGUUAAAGAGAACUCGCAGAUCUGUAAGAGGCCAGAGUUUAAAUCCAUUUUAAAUGCUGUGUGACUUCCAGCAGAUCACUUGACCUCUCUCUCUAUCCCCGCCUUCAACAUAAAAGUGAGACUGUGUACUUUCCAGGGGUUGUCAUGGGGAUUAAAGCUCAGCGUUUGAAUGAGA